AUGUCCUACCUCCACCGGACUGCAGCCUCCCAGGCGCCCCCGACCCGCGGCGAUGCCCGCAGUAUCCACUCUUCGGGCAAGAGCUUUGAGCAACUGCGCCAGGAAUGCCUGAGCAGCGGUGUCCUGUUUGAGGACCACGACUUCCCGGCCAGCUGUGCCUCCCUCUUCUACAGCCAGAAGCCUGAGGUCCCUUUCGUGUGGAAACGACCAGGGGAAAUAGUGAAAAACCCAGAAUUUAUUCUUGGAGGAGCCACCAGGACUGAUAUCUGCCAAGGAGAACUUGGAGACUGCUGGCUAUUGGCUGCCAUCGCCUCCCUUACACUUAAUGAAAAGGCACUAGCUCGUGUCAUUCCCCAGGAUCAAAGCUUCGGCCCAGGGUAUGCUGGCAUAUUUCAUUUCCAGUUUUGGCAGCACAGCGAAUGGCUGGAUGUGGUGAUCGAUGACCGGCUCCCCACCUUCAGGGACCGCUUGGUUUUUCUCCACUCUGCAGACCACAACGAGUUCUGGAGCGCGUUGCUUGAAAAAGCCUAUGCUAAGCUUAAUGGGAGCUAUGAGGCUCUGAAGGGGGGAAGUGCCAUUGAAGCCAUGGAAGACUUCACUGGGGGUGUAGCAGAGACAUUUGAAAUGAAAGGAGCUCCAGAGAACUUCUAUGAGAUUCUAGAGAAGGCCUUGGAAAGGGGCUCUCUAGUGGGCUGCUCCAUUGACACCAGAAAUGCUGCAGAAUCUGAAGCCCGAACACCUUUUGGUCUUAUUAAAGGUCAUGCCUACACUGUCACGGGAGUUGACCAGGUAAACUACCAAGGUCAACACAUCAAGCUCAUCAGAGUUCGGAAUCCUUGGGGCCAGGUCGAGUGGAACGGGGCAUGGAGUGACAAUUCUCCUGAGUGGCACUGCCUUGGUCCAGCUGAGCGGAAGCAGCUCUGUCACACUGCUCUGGAUGAUGGAGAAUUCUGGAUGGCAUUCAAGGAUUUCAAGGCUCAUUUUGACAAGGUGGAGAUUUGCAACCUCACUCCUGAUUCCCUAGAAGAUAAUGCAAUCCACAAAUGGGAGGUGACGGUCCACCAGGGAAGCUGGGUUCGGGGAUCCACAGCUGGGGGCUGCCGAAAUUUCCUGGAUACCUUCUGGACCAAUCCACAGAUAAGGUUGUCCCUGACCGAGAAGGAUGAAGGGAAGGAGGAAUGCACUUUCCUUGUAGCCCUGAUGCAGAAAGAUAGAAGGAAACUCAAGAGAUUUGGAGCCAAUGUCCUCACCAUUGGUUACGCCAUUUACCAAAGCCCUGGCAAAGAUGAACAUCUGAACAAAGACUUCUUCAGAUACCAUGCCUCCCAGGCCAGAAGCAAAACAUUCAUCAACCUGAGAGAAGUCUCUGACCGAUUCCAGCUUCCUCCUGGGGAAUACAUCCUGAUUCCAAGCACUUUUGAACCACAUCAGGAAGCUGAUUUCUGCUUGAGAAUCUUUUCUGAGAAGAAAGCCAUUGCCCAGGAUAUGGAUGGACAUGUAGACAUUAAACUUCCUGAGCCUCCAAAGCCAACCUCACCUAGCCAGGAGACUGAGGAUGAACGACAGUUCCGAGCCCUGUUUGAGCGCAUUGCAGGCGAGGACAUGGAGGUGACAGCAGAGGAACUGGAAUACGUUUUAAAUGCUGUGCUGCAAAAAAAAAAGGACAUCAAGUUCAAGAAGCUGAGCCUGAAUUCCUGCAAAAACAUCAUUUCUCUAAUGGACACGAGUGGCAACGGAAAAUUAGAAUUUGAUGAAUUCAAAGUGUUCUGGGACAAGCUGAAGAAGUGGAUUAACCUGUUCCUUGAGUUCGAUGCAGAUAAGUCUGGCACCAUGUCUUCCUACGAGCUGCGGCUUGCACUCAAAGUAGCAGGUUUUCAGCUGAGCAGUCAUCUCCUGCAGCUGAUCAUCCUCAGAUACGCAGAUGACGAGCUUCAACUGGGCUUUGAUGACUUCCUCAACUGCCUAGUCCGACUUGAGAAUGCAAGCCGAGUGUUCCAGACUCUGAGUGCAAAGAACGAAGAAGUCAUUCAUCUCAACAUAAACGAGCUGUACUGA